AUGAGGAAAGAGAGGCACCAACACGCAUUUACCUCUCUACGUCUCUGUACUCUUUGUGUCUUUGUCGGACUGGCAUUCAGUUGGGUAUCUCUUGCCCAUUGGCUGCAGCUAAGUCCAGAAGUUGUUUCUACCAAUCCAAGACAAAUAAACCAACAAGCUGCCAAUGAUGAUGAUCCCUAUCCAGAAGGAGCACCGCCAGUGAUUGGGAUUCGUGAGGAUGUGGUCACCGCGGGACGAACGACCGAAAUUGUUUACGCCACUACUUCUGCCUCGACAGGACAAGAUAUUGCACUGUUACUUCAUGGAUGCUCCCACAGUGCCUUGAAAUUCUUUUCUCCUUCGCCAUCCUGUUCCACGUGCAUUGGACUCUCGGAAGAAAUGCAGAUUGCUCGGAUACUGGUAGAGCAACCAAGCAUUGCCGUGGUUCUGGCCGUCACUUCGCAAGAUCGCAAGUCGGGUUGUUGGGGUCAACAAGACACGGCUCAUGUCCAAGAUGCAGUCGAGUAUAUUUGGAAGCAAGUAUUAGAAUUACAGACACCACAACAACCACAACAUGGCCGUCUCUGGGCGUUUGGGGCAUCUUCCGGAGGACGAUUUGCCGCACAAUUGGCCGUGGAGGGAAUCGUCCAGGGAGCCAUGGUGGGCGUCAUGAGUUUGGGAUCGGCUCUGAUAAAAAAGUGGAUGCAACAAUCCCAACCACCCAUCUACUUGGCACCCAUGCCACGCGACAAGAGAACCCUCCAAGGAACACUCCAAGAUUAUUCCGACAUGACACGCAUCAACAAUCAAAACAAUCUACACAAACAUGCCAUUUUGGAUACCGACACGUGCACACCCUUUCCCGUCACGGCAGUGUAUUUGCACCAACGAGUCCCUCACAUGACACUCAUCAUGGCCCAGCAAAUUGUGACGGAGCUACAAACCAGUGGACACAUGGAUGCUACCACGGGCAUGUUGCUCAAGGAUCCCACCAAAUCCGAUUGGAGAGAUAUUCUUAAAGCUACGUGCGGCGGGGAAUGUCUCCAUAAUCAACCAUUGGGACCUGGGGUGAGCCCCUUGGCCAAGGCAUUGCACAGAGCUUGGGCAUUCCACGAGUACUGUUCGGAAGCGACACUCAAGGCACUGGACUUUUUUCACAAUGCAGUGUCAUAA